AUGAAAUGCGAAACGAAUUUAUCAUCGGGUAUAAAUAAAAUAAAAGAAACUAAAAAACCUGGAAUGGUUAUAAUACAUAAAUCAACGUGCAGCGCGUGUAUAUCAUUGAAACCCAAAUUAUUAGCAUCGAAAGAAAUCGAACGUUUAAGUAAUUUUUUUAUAGUUAUCAGUUUGAUGGAUGAUUUCGUACCCAUCGAACCCAAAUAUAAUUUAGACGGAAAAUAUUAUCCGAGAAUUAUUUUUCUCAACACUUCCGUAUUGAAAACAUGUCCUCAAGUCGAUAAAACGUGA